AGCAGCACGGUGAAGAAGAAGAAGAGGCUGUGUUUGGAUUAGGGGGGUUGGGCUGCCUGCUGGGAGGAAAACCUGCCGCCAGACAUCCAGUUCGUCUCCGGCGGUGCAGCGUUGCUUUCCCGCAGCAUCAGCAGCAGCGACACCGCAGCAUCAGCACCAGCACCAGCCUCCAGCUUCACCUGCUCCUCAUCAUCUGCGCUUCAGACACAAACACUGCCGCAGCACAGAGGAGACGGUCGGACAAGGACGAUCAGCUUGAGCAGUCUUCAGGGAAAUAAAAAGGGAAUAUAUCUAAGGGCGGUGAAAGAUGGUGAAACUGGGGAGUAAUCUUCAAGACAAAGGGGCCAAACCUGUGAGCGUGGAGGACGGCUUUCAGAAUGUGCCCCUCAUCACUCCAUUGGAUGUGGGCAGCCUCCAGAGCCAAGCACCUGACAAGGUGGUGGUGAAAACUCGCACGGAGUACCAGACAGAGAAGAAGAGGCUGAAGGUUCCCAAGGUGGAGGAGUUCACCAUCAGCUUUACUGACGGGGUGUCUGAGAGACUUAAGGUGACGAUUCUGAUCAUCCUGGCCCUGGCCUUCCUCGCCUGCAUCGUGUUCCUGGUGGUUUAUAAAGCCUUCACCUACGACCACGCCUGCCCAGAUGGAUUCAUUUACAAGCACAAGCGGUGUAUCCCAGCCUCUCUGGAGGCCUACUACGCUGCCCAGGAUGCCAACUCGAGGGGCCGUUUCUACACAGUGAUCAGCCACUACAGCAUGGCCAAGCAGACCACCUCGCACUCCGUCUCCCCCUGGCUGCCUGGAGGGGCGGCGGGGCAGCAGCACGACGCCAAACCCCCGAGCGGCGAGGGCCACUGAGUUAGCAGGGGGUGUCGUAAACACACAGCAGACAUGAAGAAACACAGACACAGGCAGAUAUAGACACACACACACACACACACACACGUAGGUGAAUAUUUAAAGAUAUAGACAAAAAGAGACGCACAACAGCUACAUAUACAGUAACGCCAGUAUAGAGUGAAAACAUGCAUGCAGACAUAAAAUCACACAAGCACAUGCUAGGUCAUAUUUGCUCUCUUGGGAUUAUCAUCGUCUGCUGAUACACACUCACACAUACAAACACACACACACACAGCCUGCUCUCUCGUCACCAUGUUUUUAAUCCCUUCCUCUAAUUUAUUAUUUAUUGACUGUCUUGAUAUUUUUUACUGUAACGUAUGGAUGAUUUGUAUGUGAUUAUCUUUGUACAAAGGCACGAGUCAAUGCUGAAUUUCACGCUUCCUCUUUGUGAGAUUCUCUGAAGUUUGAAGUCUUAUUUUUUUUUCUUCAAGUGUGUAUACUGUAGUUAAUGUAUAUUCAUUCAACGCCCCCUUUUUUCUUUCUUGUCCAAACAUCGUAACCUCAGACACCUCAUAUUCCAACCCGAAAAAAAUGUCAGUAUGGUCUUGUAUUGCUGUAUCACAUUUUUAAACACAAAAAUUUCAGCUGAUGAAGUUUUGACGCCAUGUCUCCACAUCCACAACACACGUCCUGAGAGUUGAUUGAAUGAAAUGUUCCAUCAUGGCUGUUUGAUAGCUCCUAUACAGUGACAUUUCAAUGUGCUGUGCUAUACAUUUGAAACCCUGAAAUCCCCCAGUGACCCAAGCUGUACAUACAACCAUGCGCCAAGGCUAGUUUUUUGUGUGUAUGCAUUGUAGUAGCUUUUACUAGGAGGUUUUUAUUUUCGUUUUUUACAGACCUACAAUUCCUUCGUGCGAGUUACUUAACAUAUUGCUUCAGUCUUGUAGCUCCAUUAAACACAAUGUUGCAGAUGGGGAAAGGAAAUACCGUGCAUAUCACCGUCUCUGGCCCAAACUGUUACUUUUCCGCUGUGUUUCGUUAAUCGAUGGGCUUCUUCAACUGCAGCCGAAUUUUGUUCCUGUACCGUUAUUUUUUCAUUUUGUAAACGUUGGAUCUGUUGUCAAGAGCGCUUUUAUGAGAUAUCGUGAUGUUGUUAGUUGAUAUGUAGCGAAACCUGGUGUAAUUUAUCAGUGUGCAUCCUUGUCCCUCUUCUCUUGGUUUGAAUUCUAAAUAAAACAAGCUGUGACCUGUA